CUGCCUGCCUACUCCACCCAUCCGUUACACCAUCCUAAUCCCGACCAGCGCGCGCUCCACUCUCCACAAUGGCAGGACUCAACUCCCUGGAAGCGGUGAAGAGGAAGAUCCAGGCUCUGCAGCAACAGGCCGACGAUGCUGAAGACAGAGCGCAGACUUGCCAGAGGGAUCUGGACACAGAACGGGACAUGCGGGGGAAAGCUGAAGGAGAAGUAGCUGCCUUGAAUCGUCGAAUCCAGCUUGUAGAAGAAGAAUUGGAUAGAGUUCAGGAACGUCUAGCUACAGCUUUACAGAAACUGGAAGAAGCAGAAAAGGCAGCUGAUGAGAGCGAGAGAGGUAUGAAGGUAAUAGAGAACCGAGCAAUGAAGGAUGAGGAAAAAAUGGAAAUUCAGGAAAUGCAACUCAAAGAAGCCAAACAUAUUGCAGAGGAAGCAGAUCGCAAAUAUGAGGAGGUGGCUCGUAAAUUGGUCAUUCUUGAGGGUGAGCUGGAGAGGGCAGAGGAGCGCGCCGAAGUGUCUGAACUUAAGUGUGGUGAUCUAGAAGAAGAACUGAAAAAUGUAACGAACAACUUAAAAUCUUUGGAAGCUCAAUCUGAAAAGUAUUCUGAAAAAGAAGACAAAUAUGAAGAGGAAAUAAAGAUCUUAACAGACAAACUAAAAGAGGCUGAAACCCGGGCUGAGUUUGCAGAGAGAACAGUUGCCAAACUAGAAAAGACUAUUGAUGAUCUUGAAGACAACUUGGCUAAUGCCAAAGAAGAAAAUAUGGGAAUGCAUCAAGUUAUGGACCAAACGCUACUUGAACUCAACAAUUUAUAAUCGGAAGUGAAGAAAAAAUCCUGCACAUCAUUCCUUUAAAGUCUUUCAUUCUCACUUCUUCUUUAUUAUCUCUUAACAUUCCAGGGGAAAACAGCAAUGAAUGCGACCAAAUAUUUUAUUUUUUAAAAGAAACCAUUCACAAACAUGAGCUUAAACCUCAUUGUGCCGUGCCUUUUUUAAUAUUUCUUUUUUUAUAUGCUAAGGUCCCAUGUACAUUACUAGAUUAGUCACAAAUGUCUUCAGUGUUUUUUGUCUACUAUGUUAUUCUGUUACAAGACCACAAAGUGUUGAAAAGCUAUUACAGAAGUAUGGGAAUCCCAACAAAUAAAACAAAAACUGGGAAAAGUGUUA